GCGGGGAGGCUCCAGUCAGUCAGGAUCCGGCGCGCACACAGGACGCACAGCAACACGCUCUCUGCACGACACUCGCACCGCUUCCUCACCGCCGCCGCAGAAAGGAAUAUCUUGCCGCCUUCUGUAAAGCUUCCAUUAAUCCAUUUGUUCCCGCAUCUCAACUCUAAUUAUCUGAGAAGUUGCUGGGGUAUUUACACGAAACCUUAACACGGUCCCAGCGAUCACAAGAAAUCUUAAGUCUCCCGUCGACGCUGUGCCAGCCGCGCGGCCGCCGUGCCAGAGCGGGAAUCUUGCUGCCAACCGUAGCAUCAAUAGUUAAAAUAGCCGUACAGACAGCUACUAACACGGCGACUCUUACAACAAACUCGCAACAAUGGAGGAGAAGAAGUACAAUAUUAAUAUUGACAACAGAGAUCUGGAAGAUCAUGAGGAGUGCGAGGCCGUGGAGGUGAGCGACGCCGUGGGAGGACCCCGUCAGAAGUGGGGUCGCCAGAUCGAGUUCAUUCUCUCCUCGCUGAGCUAUGCCGUGGGUCUGGGCAACAUAUGGCGGUUCCCUUACCUCUGCUACAGGAACGGCGGCGGUGCCUUCCUGAUUCCCUACGGUAUAAUGCUGAUGGUGUGUGGGAUGCCGCUCAUGUUUUUCGAGCUGUGUCUGGGGCAGUUCGGACGAGAGGGCCCCAUCACAGUGUGGAAGGUCUGCCCGCUCUUCCAGGGUAUUGGUUAUGCAAUGUUCAUGAUCAGUUUCUACAUCGGGUGCUACUACAACGUCGUCCUCUCGUGGGCCAUCUACUACAUCUACUCCUCCUUCACACACACACUCCCUUGGACGAGCUGCAACGAUGAGUGGAGCUCAGAGUUCUGCAAGGAAUUCAACUCCAAAAAUUGCACAUUAGCUGGCGGCUUGAUGAACGUGACAGGAAAUUGCGUCUUCCCUGAUAUGGUGACAGAUAAGGACUGGAAUGCCCUUAACAAGUCCCUCAGCAACCUUAAGAGUCCCGCCGAUGAGUUCUUCCACAACCACGUGUUAGACAUCACCGAUGGUCUUCACGACAUGGGGGGCUUCCAAGGCAAUGUCGUCAUCGCUCUUUUUGUGGCCUGGGUCAUCGUGUAUUUCGUGCUCAUCAAAGGGGUUGAAACCUUUGGAAAGGCUGUCUACUUCACAGCAACCUUCCCUUAUCUUAUCCUCAUUGUGCUACUGGUGAGAGCAGCCACUCUUCCAGGAUAUAUGGAUGGCAUUAGAUUCUAUCUCACACCAAACUGGGACAAGAUUCGGACGCCAUCAGUUUGGGGCGAUGCUGCAAUCCAGAUCUUCUUCAGUUUAUCUCCGUGCUGGGGCGGCCUCAUCACCCUCGCAUCAUACAACAAAUUCAACAAUAACUGUUACAGGGAUGCAUUUGUGGUAUCCAUUGGUAACUGUCUCACGAGCUUCUUUGCUGGUUUUGUGAUCUUCGGUAUCAUUGGCUUCAUGGCUCACGAACUCGGCGUGCCUGUUGAAAAGGUUGCUGUGCAGGGAGCGGGCCUGGCGUUCGUGGCUUACCCCGAGGCCGUGGCCCGCCUACCUCUGUCGCCGGUGUGGUCCAUCUUGUUCUUCGCCAUGUUGCUGACUCUGGGUCUUGGCACGCAGUUUACUAUCCUAACCACCAUCAUCACCACCAUUACUGAUGACUUCCCAGCCCUGCGCGGCAAGAACUUCAAGUGGGCCCUGCUGUGUUCCUGCCUCGUGAUGUUUACUGUAGGGCUCUCCAUGGCCACCAAAGGAGGGAUGUACGUUCUUCAAAUGAUGGAUUCAUAUUCGUCUACCUUCUCUGCACUUAUGGUCGGGAUGGCAGAGGUGGUGGUUGUGACCUGGGUAUAUGGCGUAGACAACUUCCUCAAUGACAUCAAGACAAUGUUGGGAAGAUACCCAUACCCCAUGUUCUUCUGGAAGUAUGUGUGGAAGUUUGGGAUGCCUUUAGUUGUGCUGACAAUCUUGGUGUUCUCUUGGAUUGACUUCACUCCAGUAAAGUAUGGAGAUUACGAAUUCCCACAAUGGGCCAACGUUCUAGGGUGGAUUCUGUCAUUCUCAUCUGUGGCCCUUAUUCCUGCCGUUGCAAUCUACAAGAUCCUUGGUGAAAAGGGCUCCCUUCUUGAGAGAAUAGAGAAGCUAUGCAAACCCCAGCCAACAUGGGCACCUCCAGCAGAUGUGACUAUAAGGCCAAAUGAUUCCUUUGGUGCCAAACCUCUCUUGAAAGUCACUUCUUUUGAUGAAGACACUGAAAACAAAAUAUAGAAAGCUGCUUCCAACAAGUUUGUUACUACUGCUUUACCUCCUUAGUCUCCAGUUCGGUUUAUUGUGCCAAGUAUCCAGUAUUUAUGGGAUGUGAUGGUUCUCCCAUUCCAAAGGGAGAGUCUGGAUCAAGCGAGGAGACAAUGUUACACAGCUUCUACUUUACCAUGCUGUGUUAGGUGUCUCCUCAACAGGAUGUGUGGUACUGUUACUGAUGUUAGUUUAAUUAUGGGAGGAGUUAUUAAGGGCAUCUUUCCUCACUGACUAAGGAGAUCACCAAAGACUAGACAUAAACUAGUAUUUUGUAAGAGGUCUCUUGGUAUUAGCUUGGAUGUAGUUCUGUGUUGUGUGCUUGAUGCAGGAAAUCUACAAAUUAAUUUAGAUGAUUUCUGUGUUUUGUAUGUUACUGGUAACUGUUGUCUGUUACAAUAAAUGAUAUAAUAAUGUAUUAGUUCAGAACUUUCUUUUAUUAAAAAGAUAAUGACAAGGUGUAAAGUAUUUGCACUGUAAGUAAUGUUUCUGUUAUCAUGAAAUAACAUUGAUGAGAAAUAGUUUAUAAAUAUUCAUAGCUCUCACCUCUUUUUGACUAUCUUAGUUAUUCAUUUUAUAACAAUAGAUCCUUUGUUUUUGAAGUGUGUCAUUAUAUUUUUAUUCUCAGGAUAUUAAAAUGCUGUAAAUCACAUAAGUAAUAACAAAGUGCAUAUCUUUAUUACUUCAUAUUUUAUAGUUUCAAUAGAAUAGGGUAUUCAAUAAUGUAUAAACAAUAAUAUGUAAAUGUUCUGACCUCAUCAGAGACAAUAAUAAUAUCUUUACCUUUUGUUAGAUCUUUAUUCCAUAAUGGCUUAUGAUACUUAUGAAAUAUAUGGGUUACUGUUAAGCACUAUAAUGUCAUAAACAAUAUCUGGUCAUACUGGUCAAAACUAUUUCUUUAAUCAUGUCACUUGUAAAAUACUGACAAAUCAUCCUAUUAUUGAUAUUUUACAGUUAUAUCACACGCACACACACACACGCACACACACACACACACACACACACACACACACACACACACACACACACACACACACACACACACACACACACACACACACACACACACACACACACACACACACACACACACACACACACACACACACAAGCAAAUUUUAUAUAUAAUGAUAUACAUUGGAUAUAUACAUUUACUUUAAAAUUGUGAUUAGCUGAUUGGAUAAUGGAAUAUGAAAAUACAUGUCGAUCGCGUGAUCAAGUAAUCAUUUUCUUUAUUUAUGUUACUAUCACAGCCAGUUGUAGAAAGUCAUGAUCAUGUAUUUAGUGUUCUUUAAAUGUACUGUCUGUAUAAUAUGACGGUGAAAAUGAAGGAGAGACAUUGAUGCAAGUGUAAAUAUAGUUGAUCUAUUUCCUAUCAUUGAUAAAAUACAUGACCAUAUGAUCUUUUCAUAUUUGAUUACUGAUGUUUAGCUCUAAUGAUACAUUAUUAUUUUUGAUUUUUUUUUUUUUUUUUUUCUAACACAAGAACAUACAGUUGCAAUUGGUAUUUGUGUAUAUGCUAUUAUCUACCAUAUACCUGUGCACAAUAUCUAAAUAAUUUAAACCAGUUAUAUAGGUCACUGGCAGAUAGCAAGUUUUGUUUGUUGAGGAAAAUAGUUAAUAAUAAUGCUGAGUAUCACAUUCAUAGAUUAGUCAAUUUGAAAUUCAUAAACAAGAUUUAUAUCUUUUGAAUAUAAUAUUUUUGAAGGACAUUUAAUUUAUCAAAUUCAUCUCAUAAAUAAACUGUAUGAGAAGACUUUUAAGUGUUAAGAAAGUCAUUCUGCUUGUGUUGUACCCCUUUAUAAAAGAAAUAUUGAAUUUGUUAAAGAUUUGAUAAUUAUAUAAGGAGAAGCUAUGGAUAUCUUUGAAGUUGAUUUAAUGAUGAUUAUAAUGCAGCUUGUUCUAUUGCCUUUUUCACCACCUUCACAUCAUAUUUAAAAAAAAUUGAUAAAAAGUUGUCAGAGGUACAGUGCCUACUGCCAUACCUUUAUACCUUUAAGUACAUUUAAAGCUGGAUGUAUCAAUGGUGGUUAAUGCACACACUAUUAUGAAUGCAUGAUCUGUACAGAUUUCUCAUAACUACAUUUAUUUAUGCUAAUGUCUAUAUAGUAAUACUGAUAUAUAUUAGCUUUAUUAUAUUGUAAUUUAUGUUUAUUCUAUACAUAGUAUUCCAGAAUACUAUGAUGUUAUUUGUUUGUAAUUUUUAAUUGAUAAUCCAAGAUUACUUGUAUAUUGCUAUGUAUAUAGAGGCUAAGAUAUUUUCAAACCUAUGGAUGUAAAUGACUUCAUUCUACAUGAAGUUAUGUAUGUACAGAGUGGUAGGCCUAACCAGAUUUAAGUAAUUUGAAAGAUUGAUGGAAACAGAGAGAUGCCUAUUUUUCUCAGAAGAAAAACUUGAUUUCAUAAAUAUACAUUGUGUUUAUAUCUUCUUCCCAUAAAACCAUGACUGUGACACAAUUCGUGAUAAGCAACCUCAUACUCUAAGGAUUUUAGUGGAUAAAGUUUUAGGUUCACAUGAUAAUGAGAGAAAGGAAUGAGUGUAGAAAAAAAUUCUGUAUAGAGCAAAAUUCUGUAUAGUUGAGAAAAUGACGGAAACCAUUUUUUAUUUUAGUAUGCAUAAACAUUGGGCAUAGCUACAUAUACUGAGAUGCUACUCCAAACUAUAUGCAGUUUUAAAAGUGAAAAAUAUAGGGAAAAGAUAAUGUAAGAUAAUGAAAGUUUUGAACUUCAUGACAAGACAAGAGUUACUAAUUUAAGUAAAGAAAUAAGAGUAGAUCUACUUUUUAUUAUGAAUUCAGAAUGAAUAUUUGACUGCAGUAUUCAGUGAUAGUAGUAUGUUUUUGUUUUGUUUUUUAUAUCAGAACAUCACACUGUUAUGAUUCUGUAUACCAAGACUGUAGUGUUUCAAGAUAUUUUUUUUAUAAAUAUAUAAUCCCUAAGUAAAUAAUAAAUGACCAUAAAACUUG